AUCCACGGGUACGCCCAUCUUCUUCCGUUCUAAUGGCAAGAAAUGGCUGAAGGAACUGAUGUUGAUAGGUCACAAGUGAUUGCUCAUUUUCAGGAGCUAACUGGUAUUGAAGAUCAUGACAAAUGUGUUGAGAUUCUAUCACUCCAUCAGUGGAGUCUGGAAGCUUCCAUUCAAGACACACUCAAUGAGAAGGAAGGCAUGAAUCCGAUAUUCACUCCACCCCCCAAUGCCCCCACACAACCACAAGACCUCAGGAGACGUAUACAAGUUCCUAUCACACGAUAUGCUAGAGUUCAACAAACACCCCGAGGGGCUGUUGCCAGGCAGUACAGCUGGUGGGACUGGCUGGUCAACAUAGCACUAUUCCCAAUUCGGUUUACUGUCACCACUGCUAGUGAUCUGUUCCAGUUCGUGACGAGUUUUCUGUUUGGAUUUCGCGUGGGCCCAGCUCGAGAUCCUGUCGCUGAUGUCCAACAGUUUGUGUCAGAGUUUGAGAAGGACUAUGGUACCCAUCAUCCUCGCUUCCUCACCUGUGGCUAUGAUGAGGCUCUGUCAAAAGCUCGGACAGAUCUCCAGUUCCUGUUAGUGUACAUCCACUCCCCGCUGCAUCGUGACACUCCUAAGUUCUGUCGUGAGGUGCUCUGCUCACAAGAGUUUAUGGACUUUGUGGGAAAUCGAUUGCUAAUGUGGGGAAUAGGGCUCACCACACAAGAAGGGGCCCGAGCCUCUUACAUACUUCGUGAGAGUAGCUACCCAUUCUUGGCACUGGUUGUGUUGAAGCGAAGUCGUCUGGUGGUGUGUGAGAGGGUGGAGGGGAGCUUGUCUGUUGAGACCCUCGUUCAAAGGCUGCAAGCUGCCAUUACCAACAACGAGGCUGAGCUAGUGGUGGAGAGAAAUGAAAGGUCUCGUCGAGUGGUAGACCAGCAGCUGAGGGUGGACCAGGACGCAGCCUACCAGGAGAGUCUGGCCGCUGACCGUGAGAAGGAGCGGAGGAAACAAGAAGUGCUAGAGAGAGAGGCAGCUCAGGUCAGAUUAGCAGAGGAGAAACUGGAGGAGGAGCAGAGACAGAAAGAGGAGUUUGAGAUAGACCGAGCGAUGCGUGUAAGUCGACUCCCCCCAGAACCAGAGAGCAAUGACCCCUCCUCCAUCACCGUCCUCCUAAGACUGCCCUCAGGACAUCGCCUCGAGAGACGGUUCAACGAAACGGACAAACUAGAGUCUGUAUACGACUUUGCCUACUCUGAUAACAGUGACCAGUUACCACAGAAGUUCACCUUGGUAACCAACUUCCCUCGGAAGGAACUCCAACCCGACAACACCGGUGGACCACUGCUGUGUGAUUUAGGGCUAGGUAGAAGAUGUGCUCUGUAUGUGCAUGAUGAUACUGAGAACUGAGCUGUAUAGUGUGGAAUCAUAAAAAAAUUAAUUUACCGUUGUGUUGGUACAAAUACGGAGG